UUUCCGGUUCACUUGACGCAACCGCUAUGUACCCAUCUGGGGCUCGAUGUACUUUCGUGUUCCAUUCUCCAAACCAAACGACCUCCUUCAAAGUAAUUUGAUUGGAUGCGACAAAUUACUACUGACUGGUGGCCAACACAAUCCCAAACAUCAAGUCAAAGAAUAGAAAUGAGAGGAAAUGCAGGUUACGACGAACAACUGAAAAACAAAAGGAAAUGAAGCUCACUGUUAUCUCCAUAAAAGAAUUCCGGGUAAGCUUUCCCCGACUACCUUUUUUUUUUUUUAUCAUUCCAUUUAGUAUUUUCCACAGUCUACACGUGUAGUUUUUGUUGUCUUCCAGUAAUUUACAAUAGUAUUGUUUUUUUACAAGCUCGCAGAAUGGACUUUAGUUUGUUUCUAUAGUUCUUAAAUUUCUUUUCGGCGGUGCCUGUCCUUGUGGAGAAGAACUCUGUACAGAGAUGUUUUCUUUUUGCAAGUGUUGAUAAGCGUCUUGGUCAUCCAAGGUUUGUUUUGCAUUCUUUGAGUGAAAAAAAAAAAAAUAGACUGGCACAUUCAGCGAGUGAAAAGGGGUCAGUGUAAGUCUGAACAUAAUGAAAGUACUGUAAUUCACUUAAUAUUGGUAAGAUCAAUUCUAUCCUUACAACAUAUAGGGAGACAAUCUAAAUGACCUAUAUGACUGAAGUCAUUAUAUAAUGCAAAUAAGGUUGCUUAAAAGUUGGUGGGGAUAAUUUGAGCAUCCUGAAAAGUUGGUAGUGUUAUGUCCCUACUGUUCCUAUGCAAACCUACGCCCUUGAUUCUGAGCCUUCAAAUUGAGGUAUUGAUAGUGAUGACUAGAAUUCGGAUAUGUUGAUCAUAUUUAUUGAAUAUUUUUUUGACUCCAGUGAUCAGGUAAAGUCGAGAUGGAAUUUCCAAACGCUUGAUCUUCUUACGCUGAAGUUUCAGCACUUGAACGUUUCUACUUCCGGUUGACUUGACGCAAUCUCUAUGUACCCAUCUGGGGCUUGCUGUUCUUUUGUGUUCCAUUCUCCAAACCAAACGACCUCCUUCAAAGCACCUUAAUUGGAGUCCCGCAGACAUCACUGUCGAAGAUCUUCACCCUGAGAAGAACAAUCCCGUCCAGGUUAAACAGAAGGAGGAGCCUGACAUGCCGUUUAUCAAACAGGAGGCGGAGCCAGAGACCUCUGACAUCAAAGAAGAAAAACAGGAAAUUGAAAUCCUCAAGUUUCCAAUGGGUGUCGGUGUUAAGAGCAAAGAAGACGAAGGACCAAGCGAAGAGAGCGGAGCAGCGAACCCUUUGAGCGACAGCUCAUUACAGCACCAGACAACAAAAGGAGAGCAACCGUACAGCCUCUUAGCUCCGCUUUUGGACAGCGAUGACAUAACGUCACAUUCUUCUGACUUUAAUACUGAUGAGGAAGAGGACGACUUUGACCAAAAUGCUUCAAAAUCCUUAGACAAGUCAUCAUUUCAAAGAGACGCAAAGAAAGGUGUGGUUGAAAAACGUUUUCCCUGCUCACUUUGUGAUAAAACAUUUCCUUGUAAACGCUACUUAAGGGCACACAUGCGUAGACACACUGGAGAGAAGCCUUUUGCCUGCACACUUUGUGAUAAAAAAUUCUUCAACAAUGCAGAUUUUAACCUUCACACAAGAACACACACUGGAGAGAAGCCUUUUGCCUGCACACUUUGCGAUAAAAGAUAUUUCGAUAACAGUGGUUUAAAGAGACACACAAGAACACACACUGGAGAGAAGCCUUUUGCCUGCACACUUUGUGGUAAAAGUUUUACAUAUCAGCGACAUUUAAACAUUCACACAAGAACCCACACUGGAGAGAAACCUUUUGCCUGCACACUUUGUGGUAAAAGAUUCAUUGAGAAGGGUAGUUUAAGCAAACACACAAGAACACACACUGAAGAGAAGCCUUAUGCCUGCACACUUUGUGAUAAAAAAUACUCCAGGAAGGGAACAUUAAACAUUCACACAAGAAAACAUACUGGAGAGAAGCCUUUUGCCUGCACACGUUGUGGUAGAAGAUUCACCCGUAAGGGAGAUUUAAACAAACACACAAGCACACACACUGGAGAGAAGCCUUAUGCCUGCACACUUUGUGAUAAAAAAUACUCCAGGAAGGCAACAUUAAACAUUCACACAAGAAAACAUACUGGAGAGAAGCCUUUUGCCUGCACACUUUGUGGUAAAAGAUUCACUGAGAAGGGUAGUUUAAGCAAACACACAAGAACACACACUGAAGAGAAGCCUUAUGCCUGCACACUUUGUGAUAAAAAAUACUUCGUGAAGGCACAUUUAAACAUUCACACAAGAACACACACUGGAGAGAAGCCUUUUGCCUGCACACUUUGUGGUAAAAGAUUCACCCGUAAGGCAGAUUUAAACGGACACACAAGCACACACACUGGAGAGAAGCCUUAUGCCUGCACACUUUGUGAUAAAAAAUACUCCAGGAAGGGAAAAUUAUACAUUCACACAAGAACACACACUGGAGAGAAACGUUUUGCCUGCACACUUUGUGAUAAAAAAUACUCCACGAAGGAUAAUUUAAACAUUCACACAAGAACACACACUGGAGAGAAGCCUUUUGCCUGCACAAUUUGUGGUAAACAAUUCGCCCAAAAGGGAAGUUUAAACAGUCACACAAGCACACACACCGGAGCGAAGACUUAUGCCUGCACACUUUGUGAUAAAAAAUACGCCACAAAGGAAUGUAUAAACAUUCAUGUGAGAACACACACUGGAGAAAAGCCUUUUGCAUGCUCACUUUGUGGUAAACGAUUCGCUCGGAAAGAACAUGUAGUAAGGCACGCAAGUAGCCACACUGAGUAAAAACCUUCGAAUUCUAGCGUGUAAAAAAAAAAAAAUUCCUGCAUUUACAAUGGAAAAAGCAUUUCAAUUUCAUUAUUCGGUUUUUCACAAGCCUCUUUCGAAAAAGUUGUUCAUGAUUUUUCAGGUGCUGUUCUUUUUUACAACUAUCCAAUUCAUAUAUGGCGGAAAACAGACAAGGUUGAAAUGGCAGUUUUUGCUCUUGCACCCUUCUUUAAAAUAAACUGCUGUAAGCCAAAAUAACUGUUGUGUUUGAUAGAACAAUAUGUGUAUAUGCUGCCAUAGCAGAAUCAUGACGCAUUAAGCCCUUGAACUAUUUUUAAUAUGUCCGUUUUACCCUGGAAACCCCCGUUUACAGAUGUCGUGCAACCGCUUUUGUUUCAACCCAGUCAGAAAAAGAAGGUAAGUAAUUAGAUUUAUUAUUCAAAAUGUCUGUCAUUUUUAGCUUAGAAUCAUUAAUUGAUGUCUAAUACUUUGGUAAUUUUUUUUUUUUUUUUUUUAAUCAUUCACAAACAAAUUACAUCACAAUGAAAAAAAUGGG